AUGGCGUUGACUCCAGAUACAUCCAACUCGGCAGCGACCAUGGAGUCGAACCGAUUUAUCCAAGAGCCUAUUGCAGUCGUGGGCAUGGCAUGUAGGCUUCCAGGGCAUAGUGACUCGCCCCACAAACUGUGGGAGUUUCUGAUGCGCAACGGAGUUGCGAGAACAGAGGUCCCGGAGUCACGAUUUAACCUGAAAGGAUUCUACGAUGGUACAGAUAGGCCUCGCACCAUGCGAUCACCAGGUGCUAUGUUCAUGGAAACAGUCAACCCGGCAGAGUUCGAUGCUUCGUUUUUCAACAUAUCCCCCCAAGAGGCUACUGCUAUGGACCCACAGCAACGGAUAUUGUUGGAAGUGAUAUAUGAGGGCUUGGAAAGCGCUGGUAUAUCCUUGGAGUCGAUAGCCGGCGAAAACUAUGGCUGCUAUGUUGGGGCCCAUACAGGAGACUAUUGGGAUGUGUUUUCGCGGGACCCAGAUUCACGUCCACCAAACGCCGGGAUUGGUGGCUCAGCAACGAUGCUCAGCAACAGAGUCAGCCAUUUUCUAGACAUCAAAGGCCCGAGGCAAGUUAAAUCUCUCCACGUGUUCACUGGUUGCUCUGGACUUGGCGUGCAAGUCCCUACAUAUCGGAGAGAUCAGUGGAGCGAUUGUGGCAGCGUCUAUCCGGACUACGGUUGUGAUGCUGGCGCAAUUAAGUAUACCCACUCGCCAACUGGACAAUGUCACACUUUUGAUGCCAAAGCAGACGGAUAUAUAAAAGCAGAAGGGAUAAAUGUGGUGAUCUUGAAACGUCUUGAUGACGCUAUUCAGGACAGAGAUCCCAUCCGCGCGGUGAUCCGAGGCUCAGCCAACAACCACAAUGGCCACACGGCCGGAAUUGCCUCGCCAAGUUCUGAAGUCCAGGCUGCUGCAGUGCGUCAGGCGUAUUCAAACGCCAAUAUCACAGAUUACUCUCUAACAGCAUAUUUGGAAUGCCAUGGAACUGGAACCAUGGCCGGGGACCCGGUGGAAGCAAAGGGCAUUGCUUCAGUCUUCGCAGCAUCGCGGGCUGUUCAUCGACCCCUUCAUAUUGGAUCGGUACGAAAGACGUCCAGACGGUGA